ACAAAAAUAUGAACAAAGUCAAGUGGUCUGAAUACUUUCCGAAUGCACUGUAUGUGCAAAUAUAAUCAUGAGGUGUGAGGGUAAUGAUAAUAAACAUUACAGAAACUAGAUUGCUAUGAAUUGCAACCAUUAAAGGUCAUGAACAGUCAACAUCAGAUUUUUUUUCAAACAUCUUUUCAAACAUCCUGUUGGUAGUUAGCCAUGAUAGAAACAUUUAUUUUCAGAAUGACUGUUCAGGAUAUUUAAGCUAUCAUGCAAUAUGACACUGAGGAUGGAAUGUCUCACUAACUCAUUCCUCAUUCUCUGGAACAUGUAUGUAGCCAACAGUCUAUUGCUCAAUUGAUCUAAUGCAUAGUUGAAGCUAGAAAUCAUUUAGAAAAUAUACCACCAGCAUCAUUACAAUAAAUACAGUACACCCCUACCCUCUCCCUCCUCCUUCCUCAAAUCUGCCCCUCCCUUCUCUCUCUCUCUUACCUCAUGUCUCAUACAAUGCCAUGUUAAUGUGUCACUCAAAGGUAUGUUCCUGUCUUUUAACUGCCAGUUGAGUUGAGGUGGGGGUAUAUGCAUGUCUACCCAUGACAGACGAUUCAUUCCCCAUGUCUAUCUGUUCUUGGUUUAAACAUUAACUCUGCGCCAUCCAAUGGAUGCAGUCCCGUGCACAGAUGCCCUAAGAUUAUUUUUAUCUCUCCAUCAUAUCUCCUUCUGAGCAGAAUUACUUGAUCAUGAGGCUAUAUACUCAUGCACCUUGCAAAAUACAAUAAGCAUCAGUGUAGGCUAUUACAUUAAGAGACGUGCUUAACAACGCAUCUUGAUUCGUUCUUAUUAAAUGAAACAAGCGGCGCAGAUGUGGAUCACCAAGACUCCAACUGUCCAAUAUCACACGUCACAAGUUUGACAGCUUUAGAUCGUCAAAUCAGAUUGCUUGGAGAGAGGGGAUAGAGCUCAGGCUUUACUGCUACUGCAAAAUUAAGAUUAGUUAUAGUCUACUUACUCACCUCCCCCAACCCACACAGCAGUUCUCCUUACAGGUUCGGAGCGUUCCCCGAGCCCCACACGCGCCCUACUCCGUGUGGCCCUACCUUCACCAUGAGCACUGCCCUGACUUGUCAAGAUCUGAGCUUUGUAGGGGGCCAACUCUACAACUGCCCUUACCCAGCCCCAACGUCGGCAGACAGUGUUGACGUUUCCACGGUGACUGUGGCCUCCUUUUGGGCCGCUGGUCCCCCGGACGACACAGCAUGCCAGCACGAGCCAACACAGCGGGAACUCUACUCUUGCUUGGACUUUGGGACCUCUCGACCUGACCCAAUCUGGACUGACCACCUGUCACCACAUUUGCAGAGAAACAAGCAGCUUCAAGACACGUUGAUACAGAGAGAGGGGGAACUGGCAAGACUGCAUGAGGAAAAUAACAAACUCAAAGAAUUCUUAAACUCUUCAUUUGUGAAAACGUUGGAGGAAAAAACAAAGAGACUUCUCUCUGCUCAGAGUGGCGAUAGGAGGAGGAACCGGAAGCGGAAUUCCGAAAUCCAGAAUCUGCAUGGUGUUGGAGAAUUCCGGAACCUCAGUGCCAGUCAGCUUCUCCUUGGUUCUCAGGUGAAACGGACCUGCCGGAACUUGUCCCUGCAGUUCUGUUCAGAAGAGGAGCUAGCCAGCACCCCGCCUGUGGACCUGUGGAUCCUGCAGACCUUGGGCCUGAAGGACGAGGACACCAUCGAUACAACAUCCACUGAAUACAGCUUUAACUCCUCCAUUGACUCCCUCACCAAAUGCAGCACCAUCACAGACUCCUCUGGUGACUACUGCCAAACAACCGAUCAUAAAUCCACCGCUUAUGACACACCUACUGAUGGCCCUGGUCAUGGUGCCAGUGUAGGACUGUACACUGAUUACUGCUUUAACACCAACAGUGACUACAGUGUCUCUACAGACUCCGUCUCUAACUUCACUGGAACUGUGCCCUCUACUCCAUACAGCCCUAGCAUAGAAGUCACCCCCAAUUUCCAGGCCACCCCUUAUGAAGCCCCACUGCCCCAAUUAGUCAACACUCUCUCGUCAAUUGACCCAAUACAGCCAUUCAGGCCCAUCUUAGCCUCCUCUCCCAACCUGUCUCAGGACAGUAGUCCAGGGCUGUACCACACUCCCAGCCCUCACUACCGUAGCCCCUCCAGUCCUGUAGGGGGUGAUGUGACGACUCAGUACCCUGAACUGUCUACCCCUCGUGGCCGGACAGAGCUAGCUUUCAGCAUGUCCCUAAACCCUUCCAGCAGCGUCAGACUCAAGACACACAGCUUUCCUCAGGGACAGGCCUUCGUCCGCAAGGACACCCUGGGAGGCUGGAACUUCACCUGGGUCCCCAAACAAGGCCCAUAAGCCUCAUUUAUAUCCUACGGACAGACGCAAGACCUACAAUAAGCUAUGCAAAAUAGCGACCCUGCGUAGUUGCGUAGCAAGAGUAAGCAAACGUGCAGCCCCGUGAUUUGUAACAAGAUACAAAUAACUAGACGCAAAUACGCAGGAUCGCCAUUUUGCGUAGGUAACUAUGUUUGUGCAUAGGCCUGAAGGAAAAGCAUAAGAGGUGCUAAUCCAAAGGACGAUGGAUAACUUGCUGUUCUGAAAGAGAGAAUGACUGCCACAGAGACAAUUGCCCUUGUUGCGAUAAAACACUGUUAACCAUAGAAAAGUAAAACACUGCCCUGUACCCUUCAGCUGCAUACACAUAACUGGAAAAAACAGCCUUAAAGCAGCAGUGCAGUUUGGCAAAGUCACACUGCCUAGUACUUACAGCCUUGAGCACUUUGAACACUUCACCUGUACUGUAGAAUAACAACACGAAGUUUACAGAUAGUAAACAGGUUGUAAAAUGUAGCCUGUAGAAGUUGAUCAAAUUUACCUCUAAGCUAUAACAAUGUUAUUAAUGAGACAUUAAUAAGACAGCUGCCUGACAAAAGUGCCCGACAGAAGUCUACUAGUUUAAUUUGAAUGUGUAAAUAAUCCUACUACAUAUUAACCCUACUUUGAGUGUUAAUGACGUUAUAGGGAACAGAGUUUUUCUUAGUCAGUUCAAAUGGUCAGUGAAAACUUGUGAUGCUAGCAAUCAGGGCUCAAUCAAAUAUGGCACAGCAUCUGACCAGUACCCAAGGACACGCUCCCUAGAUUUACACCAUGGAUACACUAAUUUGACCAAAAGUAUGUGGACGCUGAUCGUCAAACAUCUCAUUCCAAAAUCAUGGGGAUUAAUGUGGAGUGGGUCUCCCUUUUGCUGCUAUAACAGCCUCCGCUCUUCUGGGAAGGCUUUCCACUAGACGUUGGAACAUUGUUGCGGGGACUUGCUUC